UACCACAGAAAUUAACCAGCGAUCGUUUUGGGAAAUAGUUGGCCACGCAGCAUGCAGGAGAGCGCACCUUUUCAGGGAAGAGCGUUUAAAAAACCGAAUUUCGACGUUUAUUUGCAUGAUAUGACGGAGAUUAAGCGGUAGAAUUCGAAUCGUCCGCUAGCUAACAAUAUUGACAAACCAGUUAUCCCGUGGGGGGCUAGCUGGAUCAUUGUUUAUGUAAAAUUGACUUCGUCAGUUUGGAAAUUAUAUUUAACUAACUAGGCUGCUGGGACUGUUUUUCAACGAAAUAAGUAAUUGACGACUUUCUAAUUAUCUCUACCAGACCAUUAGUAGUUUUCAUUAUUUUGAACCGAUCGUUUAGCGGCUAAGCUACGUGGCUACCUAUGUAAACACAUGUUCGCCGGACAAUAUGUUAACCGGAAUGCCUAAGGAAAAAUAUGACCCGCCUGACCCUAGGCGGAUGUACACGAUAAUGUCGAGUGAGGAGGCAGCCAAUGGAAAGAAGUCGUACUGGGCCGAGCUUGAAAUCAGCGGUAGAGUGCGCAGCCUGAGCUCUGCGCUCUGGUCCCUUACACAUCUCACUGCCCUGCACAUCAGUGACAACUCUCUGUCACGCAUCCCACCUGACAUUGCCAAACUCCAUAACUUGGUAUACUUGGACCUUUCAUCCAACAAGAUCAGGAGCCUGCCAGCUGAACUCGGCAACAUGGUAUCUCUCAGGGAACUGCUUUUAAAUAACAACCAGUUGCGGGUUCUACCUUUCGAACUUGGGAAGCUGUUUCAGUUACAAACACUUGGCUUGAAAGGAAACCCACUUGCACAAGAAAUCAUGAGCCUCUAUCAGGAACCAGAUGGGACUCGUCGGUUACUAAACUACCUGCUGGAUAACCUUGCUGGCACCACCAAACGCAUCUCCACAGAGCAGCCUCCGCCCAGGUCCUGGAUCAUGCUGCAGGAGCCGGACAGGACGCGCCCCGCAGCGCUGUUUUCUGUCAUGUGCUACAACGUGCUCUGCGACAAGUACGCCACGCGUCAGCUUUACGGCUACUGCCCGUCGUGGGCGCUCAACUGGGAGUACAGGAAGAAGGCCAUCAUGCAGGAAAUCCUGAGCUGCUGCGCUGACAUCAUCAGCCUGCAGGAAGUUGAAACGGAACAGUACUAUAACUACUUUCUGGUAGAGCUGAAAGAGCACGGAUACGAGGGCUUCUUCAGCCCGAAGUCCAGAGCCAGGACCAUGUCCGAAUCGGACCGUAAGCAUGUGGAUGGGUGUGCAAUAUUCUUCAAAACUGAAAAGUUUGUCUUGGUGCAGAAACAUACUGUGGAGUUUAACCAGCUGGCCAUGGCUAAUUCGGAGGGUUCGGAAGCCAUGCUGAACCGGGUUAUGACCAAGGACAACAUUGGGGUUGCGGUGCUGCUCGAGAUUCGCAAGGAGAUGAUGGAGCAGACGGCUGGAAAACUGCAUGGGAUGGAGAAACAACUCCUCCUGGUGGCUAAUGCUCACAUGCACUGGGACCCGGAGUACUCCGACGUGAAGUUAGUCCAGACCAUGAUGUUCCUGUCGGAGAUCAAGAACAUCAUUGACAACACCACGAGAAGCCUCAAGUUGAACUCCAUCUCCGGUGAGACCAACGCCAUCCCCCUCGUGUUGUGCGCUGACCUCAACUCAUUGCCCGAUUCUGGUGUGGUGGAGUACCUGAGCACGGGAGGGGUGGACAGCACGCACAAGGACUUCAAAGAGCUUCGCUACGUUGACAGCCUGACCAACUUCAACUGCAACGGAAAGAAGGGCACACCCAACGGCAGAAUCACGCACGGCUUCAAGCUGAAGAGCGCCUACGAGAACGGCCUCAUGCCUUACACCAACUACACCUUCGACUUCAAGGGUGUCAUUGAUUACAUCUUCUACUCUCAGCCUCUGCUCAAUGUGUUGGGAGUCUUGGGGCCAGUGGAUCCAAACUGGCUUGAGAACAAUGUCAGCGGUUGCCCACAUUCUCAUAUCCCCUCUGAUCACUUCUCCCUAUUUGCACAGCUGGAGCUAGUUCUGCCCUAUACGCCACCAGUCAAUGGAAUCCACCUGCAAGGCCGCAGGUAGUCUUCCGAGCCACUGGAGGGAGCUAAUUCUCCCCAAGCGCUUUUCUGUAAAUUUUUGAAGAAAUACAUAAUCUGUAUAAUAAUAUGAUCAGAGAAGUGAGGUAUGGCCAACAGGGAUUUUUCUCUUUUUGUAAUGGUUUUUAAUAGAUUUUAAUUGACGCUAAAGUCAAUGCUGGUAAUACUUUUACCAUUUUCAGGCGCAAUGUAAUGAUCUGGACUCGUAGAUACUUUUUACACUCUCCCCACUGUUACUGCGACGAUACCCAUCGAAGUUAAUAUUUACGUUCUCUAUCAGCGGUCCACAGUUAAAAUUCUCUAUUGAUGAAUGCAGUGAUUUCACAGGUGGAAGAACUCAGGACCACACAGGCAUCAUAACACACACAGGGAAGAGAGUGCACCAUCCAUAGCUAUCCAAAUCCAAGCUAGUUUUCCGGCUGUGUUAAAAAUCCUCACCUUUUCGUUUUGCCUUUAUUUGCCAUGAACCCCCCCCUUUUUUUUGCGCACAGUAAUACCCUCCUGUGUCACGCAUUGUUCGUUUUAAGAGGCGGACUUGUUAGCGAAGGAGAGAGCCGGCCAAACUUGCUUUACACUCUAUGGUGCUGAAACCAACCAACCCUCCUGUUGCUACAAGUCCCGCCCCCCCCCCCCCCCCCCCCUUUUUAAUUUUAAACCUCAUAUUGCCAUUGUAUAGCAGUAGUAUGUUAUACGUCUACUGGCUCUUAAAGCCAUACUGCUUGUUUUUUUUGUGGUGAUUGUAAUCACAAAAACCCCUUAAUUCUGACUUCUAGGAGCUCUGCAGCUUAAUUUAUUCAGCUGAAUUUAAUGUCUUUCAAAUAUUUCAGUCUUUUGUUUUACAGCGUUGUUUUCUUCUCUCUUCAAACGGUGGGAAUGAAGUUGGCCGCUCUGUAGCCCCUCUCCUUUACAGAGUUUUUUUUUUUUAUUUUAUUUUUUUUAAUCGUCGGUCGAUUUAAGCAAUUGGGCUGUAGCGCCACCUUGUGGACUGGGGUGGAGGGAGUCGACUGAGGGCACAAGACAAGGGAAGGUUCCCUCCUAAGGGCGCGAAUGAUGUCCCGGCCAAGCCCGACGGCCCUCUCUGCUGCAGUAGCUCUCCAGUGCCCUUUGCAGGGACCAAGGGGGUGAUUGACUGUCGACUCUUGGAGGUCUUAGUGUGGCAUUACAGCUGCCAUCGGCACCAGCGUACACACACACACACACACACACACACACACACACACACACACACACACUUAGACUUAGCUGCCAGUAGUGACCUUCACAACCAUACCUUCAUGUUUCAUUGUAGGGGUUUUUCAUACAAGUAUUUAUAAUAUUGAAAUUUGGAAUUAGCGUUUACAUGAUUGUAUAUGAACUGCAAACGACCUGAUUUAUUGCAUUUUUGUACUUGGAAUUCUAAUAAUCAGAUUUGGGGAAAAAAAGAUUGUAUUGUGAACUAAAUUUAUAUCAGUUUUAACGUGUUUAAAGACACGACCAGCUUGUACAAAAGACUUUUUAAGAAAAGAAAAAAAAAAAUCAAAGAAAAAAAUUGUUCCUGUAAUCGCUGCUACCGUUUGCACUCCCAUGGGUUCCGUUCCUUAGAUGUACUACAGUGGUGUUUAUUUCCAAAAUGUUGCACUCUAGGCAGAUUCUGACAGCACUUCAGGAGUCCAUCUGCUCGUUCAGGCAGCUUCCGCCAACAUGCCCCGAGUCACCCCCCCCCCCCUCGGGGCGUAUGAAAUAGCGAGGGAAGUACCCCGCCCCCCAUGCUUUCGGCUCUCUGGAGAACGGACCCCCCCUGUAGGUCUUGGGAAAGAUGUGUGGAGGAGACCGGACGCUGAAGGGAGAGUUUUUUUCUUUAAAAAAAAAAAAAAAAUGCAUUGUGCCUCAACGAUUCUGUUGGUCACAUCGGUUGUGCAAUCGUCUGACAGCUGUGCAGCUCUUCAGAAUUAUUAGUUUUUUUUAGGAUUCUGUCCAGUUCAAUAUCUGCUGUGGAAGUUAAUAUUGUUGUUUCUGGUCUCCUUGUGGGUUUACGGAGUUCUGUAGUAAUCAGUGACUCAUUAAUCGUUGGGAUCUGUCUGAUUUCUAUCAAAUCAUACUAUCAGUGCCCUUGCAUUUGCAUGCUGCUCUGCCUCCCAGAGAAUCAUCCUUCCUUGGUCUCAUUAAUAACCAGUUUAGCUGUAUAGGGCCACUUCCUCUUCCUUAACUCAGGCAGUUCUCUCAUCUUUGUUUUAGGUCUUUCCCAAGCGCUAGACCAUGGGUAUAUAUUUUAUUUUCUCUUCCUGCCUACAGUGCCAUCUGUUGCAUACUGUUAUGAAGCCAAGAUGUAAGCUAAUCUGUUACUGUAACUUAGCUUUUUGUUGUUUGUUUUUUUUUUUGUGGGCUUUAAGAAAAGAGCACAGCCUAGCUUGUCGAUUUCCAAUACCACUGAGUUCUGGUACAAUUGGCCAUGUCGUUGGAAAAAGGGGAAAUAAUUCCCAAGGUUUUUAAUUGGAAAUUGAUUGACAAGCACUUAAAGCUGGUAACGAGUGCAGCUACUACCUAAAAUCGACUAUUACAGCUUUUAAAUAUGUGCUGUUGUACAAACCAAUUUUAAUUUAAUAGAUUUUAACUUUCCAAAGGAAGAGAUACAGUGAAGUGAUAGGUCUGAGAUGUCCUCUUUACCCAGAGCCUGCUCUUAUCUAUUUAAAAUUUCCUUUUCACUUGUUUCUGUUGAACAAAGUGUCCAGUUGAUUAUAUUGAAUUGCUGACUAUUGUAGUUGAUUAAAACAGCCUUUUUUUUUGUUUUUGUAAAGUGUGAAUAAACGUUGUAUCUCAUUUUCUUUCUUUGAAAUGAAUCUUGUUGUUCAGUGUGUAUAUCAUGAUUAUCCUGUGGUUGAAUGAUUUCAUCUUUUCUUUAACCCAUCGUUUUCCAUGAUGCACAGACCAAAUUCUUUUAUAAAAGUUUCAUAAAUGCAAUGAAUUAUGGGUUUAUGGUUUCUUAUCUGAGAAUCGGAGUCCUUGUUUCCAUGUUACCAUUGAAAAUGCAGUCGGACACAUGAGUGAUUGCCACCACAUAGGAAAUGUCAUCUCCGCUUGUCAAUCUGAAGGCAUUAGACUGUACUGCCCCCGCCCUCCCCCAUGUAGCAUAGGCACAGAGCCGCUUUCACUGUUUUGGUAAACGCUUUAGUGAAUGGAUCCCUUGUAAAGUGAUGUGACGUUUUUUUUUUUUGAAAGCACAGCUUGUAAUGGCUGCAUUGGAAUUUGGGUCUCCUGUCACUUCUGAGGUGUGUCGGUCCAUGCUUUCGCCCCACCCCCAAACAAAUCCAAUCUUGUAGGUCUCCAGCUAUGGCUGUAGGUGCAAAGGGCAAGUCAGUCAUGGUGGACAUUCUAGUUACGAUCAACCGCUUGCACGUACACAUAAGACUACCUUCCCCUCUGAACUCGAUGUUUUAUAUUUGUGGUACUUUCCUAGUCUGUAUUUGCACUCUGAUCAUCAGUGAGGCUGUUUUAAGGCUCGACUAUUUUGUUUGGGUAGCCCCGCCCCCAUCCUACUUUUGCUCGUCGCUCAUUGGCCAGUUGCAUCCGUGUUACGUGCGUGUUCAGGUUUCUAGCUGCUGCUUAAAAGUAAUAGCGGGAAAAAUAUUCUGCCGUUUUAAUGUCAGUGGGGGAAAACAAUGCGGAUCUCCUUGUUGGUAUUGGGUUAUUGUAAUCUUUAAGGGUCAUUGCGGUCUGGUAAUAUGAUGUCAAUUUUGGAAGAAGCUAAAGUUGAAAACGACGUUUUUUAGACCCUACUAUCUUACAGCAGUUUCCGCUGAACUCAUCUUCUGUCCCAUUUCCUCAUCCGCUUGGUUAUAACUUUCAUGUAGUAGUUGUGCAGCAAACAGGACUGUAGCUGCCCGUAUGCGUGUGUAUAAAUAUAUAUAAAUAUAUAUAUAUAUAAAUAUAUUGACUGUCAUAUGUGAAUGCACUGGACCAACUCUUGUUUACCAUUCAUUAAAUACCAGCAAAACACUUGCACAAUGUUUUACGAAUGUUAAUAUAGACAUAGGCAGCUGUUUUUAAAUCAUUACUAGGAACUAUUAAAAAUGCCUAAUGGUAAACAAGGAUUUUUCAAUUUUACUGUUGUCCUUAUGUCUUGGUUACCUUUUCGAUUAGUUUGUUUUUAACAGGGUCUGCUUGUUUCCUUUACACCUAUGUAUUUUUCCUACUUAUGGUUGAAAAUAAAUUCUAUAUCUGUUUCAGUCAA